UGAACUUCCGACCGGAAAUAUUGAUAGAAAACCGCGGGAACAGAAAUAAACAAAUGCACGUGUGUAGAUUGACAGAUGUAAAAUCGUAAAAAAUGCCACCGAAAAAAAGUAAAACAUCUGAUGCUAAAGUUCCAAAAACAUCCAGUUGUAAGAGAAAACGAGAUAAUGAAAAUGAUUUGCCAGCAAAAGUUGAAGAAAAAAAAUCAGCAGUAGAAUCUUACUCCCAUUGGAUAAUGAAGUCUGAACCAGAAAGUAGAUUUGAAAAUGGUGUGGAUUUAAAGUUUGGUAUUGAAGAUCUAAAGAAGUGUAAGAAUCAAACAGAUUGCUGGGAUGGUGUAAGAAAUUAUCAGGCCAGGAACUUUAUGAGGGAUCAGAUGAAGAUAGGACAUAAGGUGUUUUUCUAUCACAGUAAUUGUAAAGAGCCGGGAAUAGCUGGAAUUUGCAAGAUAGUGAAAGAGAGUUAUGUUGAUCACACACAGUUUGACUCUAAAGAUCCUCAUUUUGAUAGAAGUGCAAAGAAAGAUGCUCCAAAGUGGUACAUGGUGGAUGUAAAGUUUGAGAGGAUGCUGAAGAGAUUUAUACCAUUAUCAGAACUUAAAUCAAUACAUCUCAAUCACAAGGCUGAUGGUGGGACACUGAAAAAUAUGGCUUUAUUUACAAGGGCAAGGUUGUCUGUACAACCUCUUACUCAAGAGGAGUGGGAUUUCGUUUUAAACUUGGAGAAUGAGGAGAAAACAUAAAGAAGUGUUGUCCAAUAUUGUGAAUACAUUUUGUACCAGAUUGUGGAAUUUGAUGAGAUGUUUGAAAUGAGCAAAACACUAAAUGAUGAAUUCUUGUUUUAGAGCAUGUACAUAAAUGUAACUAAGAUAUGUUGUAUUUCAGAAACUAAAAUGCUGAAAAAAUUCUGAAAUUUUAAACAUGUAUGGAAUAUUUCUCAUUUUAUAUAUUGUACAGCAACAUUGUUUUGUAAUCAUCAUCUGUCAGGACAGAUUUUGUAUGUAAAUAAAAAAUGCAAUAAUGUUAA